UCUCCUGCAGUAGAAGCGAACCUGUGCAUGUUAAAGCAACUCAUGUUUCAAUCAACCUUUUGUUUACCCAGUCCUUUCAUCAUCAAAGUGCAUCGAUUUUCGUUGCAUCAAUACCCAUUCCUAAGUUUUACAACAUAUCUUCCAUUCGUCAAAUCCACCCCCCAUGAACAAUCAACCUAAAAUUUAAAACUGAUCCAGCGUCGAAACAUGAACCGUGACCACGAUCAAUUAUCAGACUGACCACCAGACCAACCACCUCCAACAAGAUCCAACUCCCUUAUAAAGGCUUUCGGUGGAAUCCUCUGCUGCAACUCCAGGUGGAGCUUCGUGUGCUGCACAAGGUCGUAAGAAAUCCGAAUCCCAUUCAUUGCGACCAACCCACUUCUAACUGUUCUCUGCACUCUCGUCGACAGCCUCGCCCUCAUAAUCACACUUCUGUAGUGGCAUGGUUAACCUGGUCUGUUCUCAUUCGAUUGCCGCAAUUCCCAUUUGCUUUCUGACAUAAUAAGUUCCUCUCAUAGUUUUCACUAUCUCACAAAUGCAUGGUGAUGAUACUCAUGGUGACGAAGCUUUCUGUGGAAUUUUGAGACUACACUACGUAAACGACUGGGAGAUCUGAUUCUGAGGGAACAAGGUUUCUGCUCAGUAGCUGCAUUCCAUUUUUGUGGCCGUUGUUAAGCACUAGUGAGAACUUGGCCGGCUCGAUUUCCCUGCAUCACACGGUUCUUACAAUUGAGGUGGGGUCGUUCGUGUCGCACGUUCCAUGGUUGCUCUCAUCGGUUGGGUUUGUCCUCUGAUGUUUUACAGGGUUACAUCUGCAGGUAAGAUGUCACACAUUUAGUGCAUUGUACUUGGAAAACACUGCACGUAACAAUCGGAAAGCUUGUAAGGAGGUUCAAGUGCGAGGUUAAGCUUGUGAGAGGAGAAGAGAGUACAGCAAUUGUAGUGCCAAUGGGAGCGAAGCAAGGAUUUCACAAGAUGGCGAUGAGUCCUGAGCCAAUCGGAGCAAAGGCGCCACAGAAGGGGCAAUUUUACAAGCGCAAGAGGCUUAAGAUAUGCUGUGGAGUGUGUUUGACGAUUCUGGUGUGCUUUGGGAUUGUAGCCGUUGCUCUGAGCCAAACCAUUUUCAAGUUUCGCGACCCCACAGUCUCGAUAAGCGACAUCAAGCUGCUGAAUAUUUCGGUCCGUUUCGACUUGGCUGCCUUGACGGCGCUCUUGAGUAUCUCCAUGUCGGCCGACGUGCACGUGAACAACCCAAACCAUUACGACUUCAGGUACAAUCAAAUCACCAUGCUGCUGGUAUACCACAACGACCAAGUGGGACUUGUGGAGCUCGGCGCUGGCACCAUCGCCUCUCGCAAGACUGUCGACAUUCCUGCUGUCAUCACAGUCGAGGCUGUCAAGCUUCUCCUGAAUGGGUUGGAGGAUGUAACAAGCGGAGUUGCGAGCUUGAGUCUACAUGCUGUAAUUCCGGGGCGCAUGAACUUGGCCCACAUCUGCAAGAGGAACGUAAUCGCGGUCUUGGACUGCACCAUUGACAUCUUCCUGGGCAACCAGACAUUGAAGCAGAACAAAUGUGAUCAAAAAAUUAAGCUGUGAAUCGAUUUCGCUCUUGUAAGAACGUGUCUAUACUCAUGCUUCAAUGUCGGCUCGUCCUCCCCAAACUCAACGUUGUUACGUUGUCUAAACAUCGCAAUGUCGAGUUGUCGAGAGGAGGCCUGGCAUGAAUUCCGCUUUAUUAGUCAAACGCGAGGAUUCCUCAGAGUUCUCAGUUUCCAUCAAGCUCUCAUUAGCUUCUCCAUGCAUCAAGUUCUAGGUCUCUCGUUCUUUUGAAUAGAGAAAAAGAUGCAUCCAUGCAGCCAUGAAUUACACAGUCUAUGUUUGAUAAGUUUGCUUGUAAUAGAGUCUCUGUGACAUGAAAUUGACAUAGAAAAACAUGUAGGGGACUGGAUUGGACAUCUCUGGAGGCAGGAUUUUCUAUAAUAUACAAAAUACUUCUCCAAUACCUUCUUCCCAACAGUCCUCACCAGACCACCCUUGGGUUGUGUACAUAUAUUUAUGUAGCAAUUCAAACGCUCUCCUCCCGCAGGUAAUAAGAAACAAGUAACACAGUAUUGAUUAAAACUUGCUCGCCACAACCUCAGAAAGACAAUCCAUCGGUGAUUUAAGACUUCGUGCUUGAUCAAUUCCGAAACAUUGCACCAUGUUUUUCCACUGGAAGCCCCAUCACAGCAACUUAUCCAACACACACCAGUCUCUCACUUGCUGCACUUUGAAUGCCAACCUUACCAAGUCAUGCGCAACCCAUCGUCCAUCAAGUCCAUUCAUAAAAUGCAUUGAACAGCUUUCUGCAUUUCCAUUUAGGUUUAUGGAAGUCUUAAACAAUUUCUACCAAAAACAGACACUUUAUGCAUUGAACAGCUUUCUGCAUUUCCAUUUAGGUUUACGGAAGUCUUACAAAAUCUCUACCAAAAACAGACACUUUAAAACCUGGAUUGAGCUACUGCUAUGAACUCAAACAGCACCAAUUUCCAGAAUGCAGCAGUUGCAGUUCCAUAUAACAAUCAAAGCUCACUACACAUCUGAUGAUGAGAGCGGUGGAGUGGGUGAUACAAAUCCAAAUGGGGGCAUCAGAGGAGUGAGUUUCUCCGGAGGAAGAAGACUGUGAGAAAGCGUUCGGCGAACAUUGUUGUGCCGGAGAUU